CCGAAGCAGGGAGCAACGUCUUGUUAACAAAAAUCGCUGAGAAUUCUCGUGUGACAUCACGUGUUCCGUUAAUUUACAGCAACAAGACAUAAAUAAUGACUCAGAGUUGUUUUAUCCAUCAGUAUACAAACUUGAAGAAGAAAACGAUGCGGUGUGAGUAAGAUAUGAGGAGUUAAACUUGGCCAGCAAUACGCAUAGCAAGAUGGCACGCAGCGUGUGAUGUGGCUUAAUAUAUCUGACUCAAGAUGGCGGAUAACGAGAAGCGAAAGCGUCUCGUGUACCGCGAGAGGGACGGAGAGGUUACGGUCGUGGAGAAGACGAAAAAGAGUUUCUUCUCCAAGCUGUCGCCCAGAAACCUGUUCAGAAGCUGCAAGGGCAGCAAAAAGACGGAGUUCAGCAUGCCAAAAGUGGAGAGAACAAUGAAGGCGGCCAUCUUGAUUCAGCGAUGGUACCGACGGUAUCUUGCGCGCAUGGAGGUGCGCAGAAGAUACACAUGGACAAUAUUUCAGAGUAUAGAGUACGCGGGAGAACAGGACCAGCUGAAGUUGUACAACUUCUUCAACGCUCUCCUAACCCACAUGCCGGACGCCACUGUCAAGCCUCCUGGGUCCGAGAUUUCGUCUAAAUCUUCAUCAAUAGACACCGUAGACCAGAAAUACGAGGAUGAGUCAGAAGAUGGCAGUCUACAGUCGGUUGACGGCGGAUACAAGGGGAUUCAUAUCAGCUUCCCCCUCACCAGGGAUGAUCUGGACGCACUUAUAGACACGUUCAGGAAAAAGAAGCAACAACGCCUACAUGCGAAAUAUGUAGCAGGGAUCCUGAAGGAGGCGGCUCUUCAACUUAAGAGAUUGCCAAAUCUAAACCAGGCCUCUACAGCCAUAUCGAAGCAGAUCACCAUUUGUGGAGAUCUUCAUGGAAAACUGGAUGACUUGCUGGUCAUAUUCCACAAGAACGGCCUACCGUCCACGGAGAACCCAUACGUGUUUAACGGCGACUUUGUGGACCGGGGGAAGAAGGGCCUGGAGGUGUUUCUGCUCCUGUUGGCCUGUCUUCUGGCGUUUCCCGGUGGCGUGUUCCUAAACCGUGGCAAUCACGAAGACCACAUCAUGAACGCCAGAUACGGGUUUAUUCGUGAAGUGAAGACGAAAUAUAAGCACAAUGCUGAACGUCUUCUUCGAUUGAUCGAACGGGUGUAUCGAUGGCUUCCACUUGGCACAGUGGUCAACAACAAGGUGUUGGUGGUACAUGGAGGCAUCUCUGAUAUUACGGAUCUCGACUGGGUGCGAAACCUGGAUAGACACAAGUACGUGUCUCUGUUGCGGCCGCCAGUCACCGAGAGUUCUGCCCCGGGGGCGGAGUUGAUCGACAAGUUGGAGUGGAAACAGGUAUUCGAUAUAUUGUGGAGUGACCCCCAGCCUGGUGAUGGCUGCAUCCCCAACUCAUUACGAGGGGCUGGAACAUAUUUUGGACCCGAUGUGACGGAUAAGUUCCUGCAGAAAUACAAGCUGCUGUACCUCAUCAGGUCUCAUGAGUGCAAACCCGAAGGUUACGAGAUUACACACAGCAGCAAGGUAAUCACAAUAUUUUCGGCUUCCAACUAUUAUGAAGUGGGCUCCAACAAAGGAGCUUACGUCAAAUUGGUGGGGCCACAGCUGGCGCCCCAUUUCGUGCAGUUCACAACGGCCACUCCAAGAACUAAGAAGCUGACGUUUAGACAGCGCGUUGGGCUAGUGGAAAGUUCAGCAAUUCGAGAGCUCAGCGGUCAGAUACUCGCUAGGCGAGAUCAGCUUCUUGAAGAAUUUCUGAAGUACGACCCGGAGCAAACAGGUAUGAUCAGCCUGUCGCAGUGGUGUACAGCUAUGGAGGAACAAACUAGACUGGGAAUCCCCUGGCGGAUGUUGCGGGAGAAGCUCGUGACUUUGGAUCCAUCUACUGGCAAAGUCGAGUACUACAGCACUUUCCAAGAACAUACGAACAGCAGAAGAUUGUCCGGAACGACAGUAGUAGAAACGCUCUACAGAAACAAAUCCAGUCUCGAGGCAAUAUUUCGAAUCAUCGACAAAGAUAAUUCGGGCUACAUCUCGAUGGAAGAGUUCUCAGAUGCGUGCGCACUUCUUGGAGAACAUCUGCCGCAAAUCCCACCAGAGCAACUGGUGGACAUAUGCCGCAGCAUGGACAUAAACAAGGACGGACUCGUCGACCUUAACGAGUUCCUCGAGACCUUCCGGCUUGUGGACAUGGGACAUGAGGACAGGCCCGAUGGAGACGACUCGUCUCCUGAUGAGGAUACGAACAGACUGGAGUAGAUGCCAUUCUCGACCGUAAUGUAUCACAAGCGAUCCUGUGGACUGUGGCACCGCGUUCUUUGGUACAUAGGUACAAAUUGGAGUGAUCUGCUACUUCCAUCUUCAAGGUGGAACAAUGAAGACUUAGGCACUGAAUUCCUCCGAAAACCUUCGUAUUUCAUUCAUCAGUAAUCUGUCAGACGACAGGUCCACAGUCUCUUCCAAAACAGUUCCUCCACUUAAUG